CCCGGCUACAAAAGACGACGGCUGCGGCGCUCCAGGCGGAACUUUCCAGAACGCUCGGUGGAAAGGCUGAGGAGCGGCGGCUGCCCGAGCUGCGCACGGCAACGCGCUCCUUCCCGCUCCCCCACACCGGCAUCGGCCCCCUCACCGGCUGUAGGAAAUGGUGAAAGAAACCACUUAUUAUGAUGUUUUGGGGGUCAAACCCAAUGCCACCCAAGAAGAAUUGAAAAAGGCUUACAGGAAACUGGCCUUGAAGUACCACCCUGAUAAGAAUCCAAAUGAAGGAGAGAAGGCAAGUAGUACACUCAUAACAAAGCUGAAUAUGAAAUUUAUCCCCCCUUUUCUGAAACAGUUUAAACAGAUUUCUCAAGCUUACGAAGUGCUCUCUGAUGCAAAGAAAAGGGAAUUAUAUGACAAAGGAGGAGAGCAGGCAAUUAAAGAAGGUGGAGCAGGUGGCGGUUUUGGCUCCCCCAUGGACAUCUUUGAUAUGUUUUUUGGAGGAGGAGGCAGGAUGCAGAGAGAAAGGAGAGGUAAAAAUGUUGUGCAUCAACUCACAGUAACCUUAGAAGAUUUAUAUAAUGGUGCAACAAGAAAACUAGCUCUGCAAAAGAAUGUGAUUUGUGACAAAUGUGAAGGCCGAGGUGGUAAGAAAGGAGCAGUAGAGUGCUGUCCCAAUUGCCGAGGUACUGGAAUGCAAAUAAGAAUUCAUCAGAUAGGACCUGGAAUGGUUCAGCAAAUUCAGUCUGUCUGCAUGGAGUGCCAGGGCCAUGGGGAGCGGAUCAGUCCUAAAGAUAGAUGUAAAAGCUGCAAUGGAAGGAAGAUAGUUCGAGAGAAGAAAAUUCUAGAAGUUCAUAUUGACAAAGGCAUGAAAGAUGGCCAGAAGAUAACAUUCCAUGGUGAAGGAGACCAAGAACCAGGACUGGAGCCAGGAGAUAUUAUCAUCGUUUUAGAUCAGAAGGACCAUGCUGUUUUUACUCGACGAGGAGAAGACCUUUUCAUGUGUAUGGACAUACAGCUGGUUGAGGCAUUGUGUGGCUUCCAAAAGCCAAUAUCUACUCUUGACAACCGAACCAUAGUCAUCACUUCUCAUCCAGGUCAGAUUGUCAAGCAUGGAGAUAUCAAGUGUGUGCUAAAUGAAGGCAUGCCAAUUUAUCGUAGACCAUAUGAAAAGGGUCGCCUAAUCAUUGAAUUUAAGGUAAACUUUCCUGAGAAUGGCUUUCUCUCCCCGGAUAAACUCUCUUUGCUGGAAAAACUCCUACCUGAGAGGAAGGAAGUAGAAGAGACUGAUGAAAUGGACCAGGUAGAACUAGUGGACUUUGAUCCAAAUCAGGAAAGACGGCGCCAUUACAAUGGAGAAGCAUAUGAGGAUGAUGAACAUCAUCCUCGGGGUGGUGUUCAGUGUCAGACCUCCUAAUGGGGCCAGUGAAUAACACUCACUGCUGGCAUUUUAUUUGCAGUAGUGAUUGAGUGAAGGACUAUAAUCAUAAUAUGCUCACUACUUGCUAUUGUUUGUUUUAAUAUUCAACUAUAGUAGUGUUUUAAAAGUUAAAUGAAGAAUAAACUCAAAUAUAAAAGCUC